AGUACAACCAGAAGGUACCCAUCAACACACCUCAUGCACCCUCUCCAUGACAAAGCUUGCUUACUCAGCUUGCACAAGCAAGUCUUCCUCCUCCUCUUCUACCCCUCUAUCCAUCCAAGAAGAAGGAGCAACCAAAAUCAGAUAAUGAUCGAUUGAUGGGAGCUGGUUUUGGUAUGCAAUUUCAUUGCCCAUAAUUAAGUUUUUGAAGGUUCAGGGCAUGCAUCAUGGUGAAGCAAGCUGGGUAAGAAGAGAAGACCAGAUCGAGAAAGGAAGCAAGCUAGCUAGCACGGGGUUGGGUUAGGUUAGGUGGAGAUGGCCAACAGGUGGUGGGACGAAGGGCGGCUGGCGGAGGCGCCGGCAGCCAGCAACCAGAACCAGCAGCAGCUGGAGGAGGCCAUGGCCAUGGCGGCAACCAAGGUGGACGGGGAGAGCAGCCACAGCGGCGGAGGGAGCGGGCAGGACGAGGAGCCCAAGGAGGGUGCGGUGGUCAUGGUGGUGCCGGCGAACCGGCGCCCGCGCGGCCGGCCGGCGGGGUCCAAGAACAAGCCCAAGCCGCCCAUCUUCGUCACGCGCGACAGCCCCAACGCGCUGCGCAGCCACGUCAUGGAGGUGGCGGCCGGCGCCGACGUCGCCGACUCCAUCGCGCACUUCUCCCGCCGCCGGCAGCGCGGCGUCUGCGUGCUCAGCGGCGCCGGCACCGUCGCCGACGUCGCCCUGCGCCAGCCCGCCGCGCCCGGCGCCGUCGUCGCGCUCCGCGGCCGCUUCGAGAUACUCUCCCUCGCCGGCACCUUCCUGCCCGGGCCCUCGCCGCCGGGGUCCACCGGGCUCACCGUGUACCUCGCCGGCGGGCAGGGGCAGGUGGUCGGGGGCAGCGUCGUGGGCGCGCUCACCGCCGCGGGGCCCGUCAUGGUGAUCGCCUCCACCUUCGCCAACGCCACAUACGAGCGGCUGCCGCUGGACGACGCCGAGGAGGACCACCAGCUGGAGGCCGCCCGCACGCACGGAGCCCCCGGCGAUGGCGUGGUUCCUCCGAUGAUGGCCGGCGACCCCUCCACGGGGGCCAUGCCGAUGUACGGCGUGCCGCCGAACCUGAUGGCGCCGGGAGGCGGUGGGCAUGCGGCGCCGGAAUGGGCGGCGCAUGCACGGCCGCCCUACUAGCUA